AAGUAUUGUAAAACAAAGCUACGAGUAAUGUUCAAUUUUACUCUUUUCUCCAUGGUUUUUUUUUUUUAAUUUUUUUUAAUUUAUUUUUUUAAAUUUAUUUUUAUUAUUUUCUUUUAUUUUUUUCUAAAAAAAAAAGGAAUUGAUCAGUCACCUUUCAACUACCAGUAUCAAAAAAGUAAAAAAUCAAAUGUAUAUGUAUCGCGUGUAUGCUUUGCUUGAAGCUGAGAUUUCCAAUUGAUUAACCCAAAAUUGGCUCUUUCCAAAUUCUUUGCUUAAAUCAGCUACAUUCCUUUAUAUUCCCUAAUUUUCUCAAUAUAAUACUGAAAUCUUCACCAAAAAUGGCAAUACCAUUUGAAAAACAGCCAUUAAUAAAAACUUGUCUAAGUAAAUUGGUUGAAUUAAAGAUUGAAUGGCAGAAGAAGAGUCUUUGGAGUAUACUCCCACUUGGAUAGUUGCACUUGUCUGCUUCGUUUUUGUUCUCCUUUCUCUUGCUGCUGAGCGAGGCCUUCAUCUUCUUGGCAAGUGCUUGAAGAGAAAGGGACAAGAAUCGUUAUAUGAGGCCUUGCAAAAAAUAAAAGGAGAGUUGAUGUUGUUGGGAUUUAUCUCUCUACUUCUGACAGUCUUCCAAGGAUUUGUAAGUGACAUAUGCAUUCCAAAGCAUCUUACAAACUAUAUGCUACCUUGCAAAAAGGAAAAUGCUGAUCAUGAAGGCAAUAGUCAUAGCAAAUAUGCUUAUCAACCUUCCUGGAGUAAACGACGACUUCUUGCUGAAGCUAGUAGUCACUGUGAACUAAAGGGAAAAGCUCAAUUAGUAUCAUUGGAAGGGUUGCAUCAACUACACAUCUUUAUCUUUGUCUUGGCAAUUGUUUAUGUUAUCUCCUGUGCAGCAAUCAUGAUUCUUGGAGGCUUCAAGGUGCGGAAAUGGAAGCAUUGGGAAGACUCAUUACGACGUGAGAUUGAAAAAGCACAAAAAGCCGAAAAAGAGGCUAUUGCUAAAGGUGAAGAAUCAGAUAGGGUUAAUCAUAUUUAUACUCAACAUCGCCGUGAGUUCUUUAAGACCCGAAGAGGAUAUUCAACUGUUUUAGGUGUAACGAUGUCAUUUUUCAAACAAUUUUAUGGCUCUGUGAAGAAGUCUGACUACAUCAACAUGCGACAUGGAUUCAUUAUGACUCACUGCCCUACAAAUCUCAAAUAUAAUUUCCACAAGUACAUGCUACGGACUUUAGAAUAUGAUUUCAAGAAAGUGGUUGGCAUAAGCUGGUACUUGUGGGUAUUUGUUGUGCUCUUUUUGUUGCUCAACCUGAAAGGAUGGCAUGCAUAUUUCUGGUUAUCGUUUCUUCCUCUCAUUCUUCUGCUUAUUGUGGGUACCAAACUGGAACACAUUAUUGUAUGUUUGGCUGAUGAGAUUGAGGAAAAAGAUAAGAAGAAUAUUCCUGUCCAGAACCAGACACAGGGAACAGAUGAAAAAGAAUUUUGGGUGCAACCAUCUGACAAACACUUUUGGUUUGGAAGUCCCAGCCUUUUUCUGUACAUGAUUCACUUCAUUUUGUUCCAGAACUCUUUUGAGAUAGCUUUUUUCUUGUGGGUUUUGUUUACAUAUGGUGUCCAUUCAUGCAUUCUUGACAAAGUAGGCUUCAUUAUCCCCCGGCUUAUUGUUGGCGUGAUUGUUCAAGUGCUCUGCAGUUACAGUACAUUGCCUCUGUACACAAUUGUUAGCCAGAUGGGAAGUAUGUUUAAGCACGGAAUUUUUGACAAGGAAGUCCACAAUAUAUUGAAGAACUGGGUUGAAGAUGGAAAAGAUGCUGUAGGUGGUUCACAUAGCUCACAUAGAAUUGAGAUGCAGAAUUUGGCCCCAGAAUCUUGGGAAAUUAUUUCUGGUGCUGAAGAGACGACUACUUGUGUUGAAAAUUUUACAGCACCUUAGAAUACUGCUCGUCCUAGUUCAACUUACAACUGGCAAGCUAUGCUUAAUGUUACAUAUGAACUUUAUGUCGCGGUUAUAUUUAGCUAUUAUCGUAGUGUACAAUUUUAGCCAUUCAUUAUUAUGACAUAGACCUAUACGUUUAUAUGUGAGGAUUCUUGUGAUGAUUCUGAAACCCUCCCAAUAUCAGUUCUAAGUAACAGUAUACUGUAUAUAGUACUCCUAAUUGUGUGCUACGGAAUAUUUGAAAAACUUUUCAGUGAGUAAUUUUGACAUUAUUG